AGGAUUAAAUCUCUCCAUACGAUCCAGCGGCUAACCAUUAACCGGGUUAACCUAGCGAACCCCGUUAACCGAACCCAUUCUCCAGUAGAUAAUAAAAAGCCCUAAUUUUUGACCUAAAACUGUUGCCAUUAAUAACACCACAAGCUCCACAAGCUCCAAGAACUGCAAAAAUUUCUCCCAAUCGAAUCAACCAAGCUCAUCGAAUCCAGUAAUGGUGGAUGUGAAGAUGCAGUCCGACACAUCUGAUUCGAAUCAAUCGGAGGACAAUCUUAAGAUCGAAUCUCCGGCGGCGGAGGUGAAUCAACGGAGGGCGUCGCCGGCACCGCAGCAGCAGCAGCAGUGGGUGGCGAUGCCGUAUCCGCCGGCGACGGUGAUUCCGCAUCAGAUGAUGUUUGCACCGGCGCCGUACUCGCCUUUUCACCAUCAGUAUCAGCCUCACCAUUACCAGUUUCGCGGGAACAAGCAUCAGAACAUCUCCAAUGGCGAGAAUAAGUCGAUCUGGGUCGGUGAUUUGCAUCACUGGAUGGAUGAGAAUUAUCUUAACUCUUGCUUCGCUUCCUCUGGCGAGAUUGCAUCAGUUAAGGUUAUCCGCAACAAACACAGUGGUUUGUCUGAGGGCUAUGGAUUUGUGGAAUUCGUUUCCCAUGAAAUAGCUGAAAAGGUUUUAGAGGACUAUAGUGGGACAUCUAUGCCAAAUGCUGGUGACCAGACGUUCCGUUUGAACUGGGCUAGUUUUAGCACUGGUGAAAAGCGGUUAGAGAAUGGUCCUGAUCUUUCUAUCUUUGUGGGGGACUUAUCACCUGACGUCACUGAUAAAUUGCUGCAUGAAACAUUCUCUGUAAAAUACCCAUCUGUUAAGGCUGCAAAGGUCGUCAUUGAUGCUAAUACUGGCCGGUCAAAGGGGUAUGGGUUUGUGAGGUUUGGAGAUGACAAUGAGAGGGCCAAAGCCAUGUCAGAGAUGAAUGGUGUGAAAUGUUCUAGCAGAGCUAUGCGAAUUGGUCCGGCUACGCCUAGGAAGUCAAUCAAUUAUCAACAACAAGGUGGAUACAUGUUGAAUGGAGUCCAGAGUUAUCCUGAUGGGGAUUCAUUAAACACAACAAUAUUUGUUGGAGGACUUGACCCUAGUGUCACUGACGAAGAUCUGAGACAACCUUUCAUCGAGUAUGGAGACAUAGUCUGUCCUGCUGGCAAAGGAUGCGGAUUUGUUCAAUUUGUCAACAGAACAAGCGCUGAGGAGGCUUUGGAGAAAUUAAACGGGACUGUAAUUGGAAAACAAACAGUUCGCCUUUCUUGGGGUCGUAAUCCAGCCAAUAAACAGCUUAGGGGUGGCUUUGGAAACCAAUGGGUCGGACCGUACUAUGGAGGACAAUAUUACAACGGUUACGGGUAUAUGAUACCGCCUCCUCUUGACCCGAUAAUGUACAGCCCUGCAGCUUACGGGGCUUAUCCCGUAUAUGUCGGGAAUCAGCAACAAGUAAGCUGAGCCGAGAUAAAGCUAAACGAGUGAACUCAUCGAAUCUCACAUCUUCUUAGGAGGCGCAAGGCAGAAUGCCUUUCGCCUCGGCAUUAGCAUCUCGAUGUCCUCCCACGGGGUGGGACCGGAGAUCGAAUUUUGAUGGAACCACAUCCAUACUGCUAAUUAUUUUUUUUAUUAGGGAUUUGAUUGAUUUGUUUGAUCUGCCAUUCGGGUUUUUUUUUUGCUACUGAACUUAAAUUCAUUUUUGGGGUGGCUGUUUAGGUUAAAGUAGUAUAAACUUUCAUAAGAUGGUUUUGAGGUCUUGAUACACCCAAAAAUCAAAUUUCAUUUCGUGACCUAAUCUAAUGAAUUGGCCUUGUUAAAGUCUCUUC